AUGGCUCCUAGCCAUCUCCUCCGGGCGGCCCUGCCUAUGCGGUCAAUGGCAUCACCAAUGGUCCUGACCCGAUCAACGAUCCUCACAUCCACCCUCUCGAUCCCACAGUCCAUUCGAAAUGCCUCAACAUCUACAGAACCCGCACAAUCCUCCACCCCCUCACCACAAGCAUCCGGGCUCCAGCCGCUCCAACGGCCGGCCAUGCUCCGCAACUACGCCUCGAGCCUGAAGACCGGCACCGUCGUCUCUGUCGGGCGCAUGGAGCGCACCGUCACCGUCUCCUUCCGCCACAACUUCUGGGACAAGCGUAUCCGGAAAUACUAUCCCAAGGAAACCCGCUUCCUCGUCUCCGACCCCCGCAACUCCCUGCGCGAGGGCGACGUGAUCGAGUUCUCCUCCGGCGCCCCGAAGAGCCGCCACGUCCACCACAUCGUCGAGCGUAUCAUUACCCCCUUCGCUGUGCCCAUUGAUGAGCGCCCGGCUGUUAUGUCGCCUCAAGAGCGCCAGACCGAGCGCGAGAACCGCUGGGCUGCCAAGUAUGUGCGUAGGGAGUCGAGACGGUUGGGGGAGGAGGUUGAUUUGGCGUCGAGGGUGCAGAUUAACCCUGGCGAGGAGCUCUCCCAGGCGGAGAUGAUUCACCGUAUCCAUCAAGGGAAUGAGCGUGUUGGAAAGGUCAAGGCCUUGGUCGAGAAGAGGCUGGCAACACAAGCGCAGUCUGAUUCUUGA